AUUUCCCGUAAUUAGAAUCUUUAAAGAAGGGUACUUUGAUGAGUAAGCGUCGUUAUUCUGUUGCUCGAGCUUUUCUAUUUUUUUUGUGUGUAUUCCAAUUUGCAACUAUGGAUCCAACUGUGUCAUUCUUAUCCUCCAAACCCUAGCAGAAACAUGAUACAAUCUGCAAAGAGAGGAAAGCAGAAACCAGGAGACAGAAACUUUUCCUUUUCAGAGAGAGAAGCGAAAGCAGAGAGUUUUUCUUUUUUGGGUUUGAGAAAUUAGGAAUCAAAGUCAAAAUCAAAGUUGCCAUUUGUAAGAAGAGCCCAUCAAAUGAUUUCCAAUCCAAAUCUGAUAUUCUAUGCCUGCAUUGCAAAGGGACCCACAAUUCUUGCUGAAUUCUCUUCCAAAGAAGAGGGAAUCAAAUCCUUAGCUCAAAAAUGCAUCGAAAAAACCCCUCCUUUCCAUUCAAUGUUCUCUCAUACCGUUUCCAAAAGGACCUACACCUUCUUAAUAGAUGGCCCUUUUGCCUAUUUCAUCAUAUUCCACGAGGAUCUUGAGAAAUCUGAGUCUUUUUGGUUCUUGAAUCGCCUGAAAUGUGCUUUCGAGGAUUUUCUUGAGACUGGUUUGAUCGUGGGCACUGAUAACAUGACCCCGACUUGUCUCCAAUCCUAUUUCGAUCCGAUCUUUUCAGAGAUAAUGGCGUUAGAUAUGGAGUUGGUAACAUCCCCAUCAAAAGAGAGUCAAGACCCAAGUUUGGAUUCUAACAAAGGGAAGGGAACCGCGGUGGCUCCUCUGUUAGGGAGUCCAAGUAAAGGGUUGAAAAAGAAGAAAAGAUUGAGUGGUUUGGAGGUCAACGGAGGUGAGGCUAAAGAUGCUGGUGGUGGGAUUGGGAUGGAGAAUAAGGUUGAUGUGGCUGAUGAUUUCAGAGAUUUCCCCGUUUCAAUGCAAAAAAGUGUUGGGUGUUAUUACAUGGGUGGGGGUGAUAGGCAAAAGGCUAAGCAAAUUUGGAGGAAACAUGUUUGGGUGGUUUUGAUAUUGGAUUUGGUUGUUUGUGUUACUUUGUUUGGGAUUUGGUUAAUGGUUUGCAGAGGCUUUCAAUGCAUUGAUGCUUGAAACUUAAGUGUUUGGAAUUGUUUUUCUUUCUGUUGUACAAUUUGGUGGUCAAAAGUGUGAGUUUGAAUGACAAAUUCUGUUGACAAGAGAGCAUCCGGCUGGUGGACCAAAGAACAGUGUUAUGGGAAUUGUAAAAAUUGUCAUUGUAAGUGUUUGAUUUUCUCUCAGUUUUUCAGCUCUGGCAUCAACUGCUAAUUCUCUUGCGAGUUGUGAACUCUUUUUGUUGAUUUCAGAACAGAUCUUAUUUUUUCAGUUAUUUGGUUCGCAAAAUUAUAUGUAAUUGCACCAAAAACUGUUUAUACCUACAGGCUAUAGAUAAACCCUCUGCUGCAAUUGUUGCUGGUAUUCUUGUCUCUUUAAUUGAUGAAAUAUCAGCUUAUUGCUUUUACCUUUGCUCCUUGUUGCAAUAAUAAAUGUAUUUCCUCUUCGAAUGUAACAGUUUCCAUCUUUCUCUUCACUUUUUCUUUUA